AUGGAUGUGUACAUGGGGAGUAAGAAAGAUGCACGAAGGAUGAACUUUGCCUUUGUCAGAUAUAAAGUCGUGGAAGACAAACAGGAUCUGGAAAGGAGAUUACAAGGGAUGCAAUGUCAUGGGAAGAUUCUAAAGGUUAACAUUUCGAAACAUCCAAGGAAAACCCAGAGAACGCAAGAUAGAAACAGACUCAUGAGAAAUGCAACACAGUGUCACGUCCCCAAAAAACAAUGCGGAUUCAGGGAUGGAAGAUCAUUCGCACAAGUAAUCUCAGGGAAACAAGGGAAGUACGCUACCAAUGUGCAGGCACCACCUCCUCCUCCCCCGUCUUCAUCUCCGAUGAUCAAGCUAGAUUCUCAGACUGAACUAUGGAACUGGUUAAAUAAUAGAUUCUUAAUUGGUGACGCUCACAGUAUUAACCACAUGGCAAACUUGCCAUCCGCAGUGAUGCUAUAUGAAAAAACUAAGUAUCUCGGUGGGUUAAGAUUAGCCUUGGAGUUUGACAGUUCAUCGUUGGCGAAAGAGUUUCUUGAAGAUCAAACAAGAUGGAGUGACUGGUUCAAAUGGCUAACUGUGGCAGAUAAAUACAAAUUUCAGUAUGAAAGAGUAGCUUGGUUAAAGAUUAUUGGUCUCCCGCAUAAGCUAUGGGGGGAAGCUAACUUUUCAAAGAUUGCUUGCAAUUAUGGAAGAGUAAUUUCCCCCUUUAGUGAGAUUAGAAAUAUAAGAGACUGCUCCAUGGGUAAGGUUGGUGUGUUAACUUCUAAAAGGAGAUGGAUCAAUGAUCAGACUACUGUAUAUGUAAAUGGCGAAGUAUUCAGUAUCGGAGUUGUGGAGUAUACCGACGACUGGUCCCCGUUUUAUCCUGUCCCCUAUGACAGAGUUGAUGAUGAUUCAAAUAAUGAUGAAGAUAAGGAGGGACAAACAGUGGUUGAGGAUGAUGACGAGGUAGACGAUGAAGAAGAUGGAAUCUCUGAUACAUGGAUAGGAGGUCAGAAUCAAACUGAAGACAUGGAAGAAGGGGAGAUAUUGCCGGAACCGGAUACCUGUGGUAACAACACUGGUCGGAAAAUCCCACCGGUUGGCAACUCGAAGGAGGGAGAGAAUGAAAAGUCGCCAUCAAAGUUCGCGAAAUUCGAGGACGAAAUUAUUGUGGAAGACUCCCCAAAGACGGUUGAUAUUCCAGAUAACAACCCUAUGGACCCGGUGGAAAAUGAAAGUGAGCCUGGCCCAAUUAAUAAGCUGGUGUCAUUAGGUUGCUUUGGGCCUUUCCCAAACUUUCAGCCCAAUAUCUCGCCUUACGUUGAUUGUUCAUUGGAGCCUCAAUUAGACAAAUUAGUAAAAAAGAGGAAAAGACAUCACGAUGCAAUUGGGGAACCUUUCUCGAUUCACUUCACGUCACAAACUCCUCAGAGCUGUACUUUGAAUGCCAAUCCUCCACAAGAUACGCACGCGCCUACUAUAAACCUUAAUCAGAGCCCUAACUCGAAACAAUCAUCUGGUGUCGAGGGCACAGAGAGCUCGUAUGGAGAUGAAGUAACUAAAACUGCAAAAAUUGGGGAAGAGCUAGGGUACCAACUCGAUGGCGAAUGUAGCAUCCUCAAUGCGGUCAUUGGCGAAGCGGGUGUCAACAAAAAAGAUCAAUGA